UUCAUAACAGCCAGAAGUGCCGGGGAACUGGAUUAGGCGUGUCCUGUCUCCCCCCAACCUCCCCGCCCCCGCCUCCUGUCCCUCGGUUCACCCUCACCCUCCUUCCAGCGUUUAUAACAGCUCUGCUCACCCAGGGCGGGAUUCCUGUCCCGGGACUUGGCCAGCACCGAGGGGCCGCGGGAAGCAGCGCCAAAUUCACUGUCAAGUUCACCAGCCGCUGCGACAAGAAACAACCAGAAUGUCUGCCACAUCUCCUGCCCCUGGAGGUUGCCGCUCAGACCUGGACCCCAGGUACUACAGACUGUGUGACCUGGCUGAAGGUUGGGGCAUCGCCCUAGAAACACUGGCUGCAGUGGGGGCUGUGACCUCAGUGGCCUUUAUGUUUGCUCUUUUGAUCGUCAUCUGCAAAGUGCAGGACUCCAACAGACGCAAGAUGCUCCCCACCCAGUUUCUGUUCCUCCUGGGUGUGUUAGGGGUCUUUGGCUUGACCUUCGCUUUCAUCAUCAAACUGGAUGGGGCCACGGGGCCCACGCGCUUCUUCCUCUUCGGUGUUCUCUUUGCCCUCUGCUUCUCCUGUCUCCUGGCCCAUGCUUUCAACUUGACCAAGCUGGUCCGAGGGAGGAAGCCCCUGUCCUGGUUGGUGAUCCUGAGCCUGGCAGUGGGUUUCAGCCUGGUCCAGGACGUCAUUGCCAUCGAAUACCUUGUCCUCACCAUGAACAGGACCAAUGUCAACAUUUUUUCUGAGCUGCCUGCCUUGAGACGCAAUGAGGACUUUGUGAUGCUCCUCAUCUAUGUGAUGUUGUUGAUGGUGCUGACCUUGCUCAUAUCCUUCUUCAUCUUCUGUGGAUCCUUCCCUGGCUGGAAGAGACACGGGGUCCACAUCUGCCUCACUGCACUGUUUUCUAUUGCCGUCUGGGUGGCCUGGAUUGCCGUGCUCCUGGUUCCCGACAUUGACCCACAGUGGGAUGACACCAUCCUCAGCACCGCCCUGGUUGCCAAUGGCUGGGUUUUCCUGGCCUUUUAUAUUUUACCUGAGUUUCUACAGCUCCCGAGACAGCGAAGUGCUAUGGAUUACCCAGUUGAAGAUGCUUUUUGUAAACCUCAACUCAUGAAGCAGAGCUAUGGUGUAGAGAACAGAGCAUACUCCCAAGAGGAAAUCACACAAGGUCUUGAGGAUAUCGGGGAUACAUCCUAUGCGUCUUAUUCCACCCAUUUUCAACUGCAGAAUCCGAAUCCCCAGAAGGAUUUUUCCAUCCCGCGGGCCCAGGCCCGGACCAGCCCCUACGGUGACUACGAGGGACGGAAAGAGGGCAGCUAACUGUCUGGAAAAGUGGGACAAACGGAGCCAGGCAUCAGACCCAGCCGGGAGUCCUGCGGGUGUGGACCAAAUCCGGGCAUCCUAAGGGAAUGGUAGAAACACCAGCGGACCCGGCUUGUGCCACUCCCAGAGCACCGUCUGGGGCGCCUGCUGCUGCAGCUAACAGACUGCCUCUUUCCAGUGUUCCAGUGUUUUCCUUAGUCCCGUACUUAGUCCUCUUUGAAGUGGGAGUCUCCUGCAUCUUAGGGUCAGACUCUUAACCGUUCUCGAGCGAGUGACUAAAAGUGUAGUCACUUGACCACAUGCUGACUUAUCGAGCUUUGGAAGCCUACUCAUCAAACCUAGGGCGGGGCCUCUGAGGAUGGCUUGGCCCAGAGCUGAACAGCAGACAAACCCAGCAAACACCUGGGUCUCUUCCCCAUCCAUCUCAGUGCACACCGGAAUCCUACCUGGCACUGCCCUCCCAGGCCUUCCUGCCUGGGUAGGAGAAACUAAAGGUCACCAACUGUCUGCUCCACCGGGUGGCACUAACUCACAAGGGCACUGUUCCUGUUUCAUGAUACCCCAAACUUGCUGUCAACCAACCCCCCAGAUCUAAUCACCCCAUGUACUUUGCCAGGAGCUCUUCCUGACCUCACGAGGCCUCAGUUCUCCUUGUCAGGGGAAUUUGGGCACUGUUCUUGCCAUAAAUUCCUGGCAUUUACUCUUCUCCUUGUCCCCCCUCCCCCCUCCUCAGCUUCUGUAAAUAGAUUUAUACUGUGUUCACCUCCAGCUCUGGGAGUGCGUGGUGUCUGCUCUCGGGGGUGUGUUUGUUGCGUGGUAAGUUAUUCACAUGGAUAUGCAAUAAAGAUAUGACGAUAACUC